UGUGUCGGCAUAUCGUCACGCACAAUUGUUUAUCCUUAUGGCUCCGGUACUGUGUGCCCAAUCUUCUGUAAGUACUAACGAUGAAGAUGAUUUUUGCAGCUCAUAUGAAUCACAUAAGGGUGAAUAUAGUACUGGCUCAACAUCUGUAGGAUGUGUCUCUAGCUAUUGCCAUAGCCCAGAAAUCAAUAUUGGCCUAGGCCAAAGGAGAAUCUAUUUUGGCGUAGAAAAGGUACUUAGUGCUGUUUAUAAUGCAAUAUGUGAACUAUACAAUGAAGAUAUAUUACCCACUUUGCAUGAAAUUCGCCGUAAAAUACAACGAAAUAGUUCAAAUCUUGUUGAUGGAAAUUGGUUACUUAGAAUAUGUAGAGAAGAUUUAUAUCGCAGGUUUGACGUAGUUAACAUUAGUCAGGUAGAUGACCAUCAUACUGACAAGGGCAUUCAACACUCUUGGGCGAUAAUGCUGGCUGGCAAGCCUUUUGUCCAACGUGAAGUGAAUCCGUCUGAUCCGAGAGAACUUGCCGAUUUGUUUCGACAUGCUGUAUUCAUGGCGUCCGCUAAUAUGUCUGACCGUCCCGUCACAACGCGAAAACAUGAUGUAAAUAUUAGCCAUGAUAUAAGAAACGUUGGUGGUAGAUAUCUUUUUGCUGAUCAUUUAAGGAAAACGGGUCCAGAAAGAUUUCGAAGUUUACCCUUAGGCAAAGUUGUCCGCAUUGUUCAAGAUGCGCUAGAUUCUAAAAUUUUAUCCUAUGAUGGAAACAAUGUAGUUCCCGUAGUUUCUUCCAUGUCUACUGCAAAUAAGAUUAUAUCACGAAUGCAAAUGAUGAAGGCCAAUUCAAGCAAACUUGUGGAAUAUCAAAUUAGGACAAUGAGAGACAACAUAAUUACAAUCCUUUCAGAUAAGCCGCGAAACUGCAACGAAUCGUCAAGGAAGGUAACAAACGGACCCAAAGGGGGCUAUACAGUCAAACUGAAAUCUAGCGACAAUCCAAUGUCAUUAUGCAAGCUUCCUUUGGCUUAUAAAAAACGCUUCAAUAUAGAUAUAGACUUUUCAUCUGUCGGUUAUUCGAAGUUAAUUGACUUUUUAAUACAAGAAGUUCCAGAAUGCAUUUUGGAGCCUUCGAUAGACUACUCCAGGAAAACUAACAACGUAACAAAAGGAUUUGGAUCGUUGAUCGUUAAUAUUGGAUAUCAGCCAUCUACCAACAUUCUUUUCCCCUUAGCGAUGAACGCUUCGAGACUCAGCGAUAAUGCAGCAAUUCGUCUAGUGACCGAAUGGUGAAAAAUAUUGCAA